AACAGGGGCCAUCCCUACGGUGAAUGUGAGAGAAUGAGAAAAUGGUGCAUUCGUCGAUCAAACCGGGCCACACAUCCGAAGCCAGAAAUUAAAUUAACCACCAUUUUGUUUAUUUUCGCGUAAAUAAUUAUAAUACUGGAUACCUUAGUGAACAUUUUUACUCGGCCGUAUAAUGCAGUAAUCGAUUAAUUCUGGCGAUGCUUAAAAUAUUAGGAAUGUGCUAUUAGCGUACCAGCGACGUCGGGCCCUUGUGUUGAUCUUUGCAGACGGCCGCGCCGCUUAUAAACGUUACUUCGGCGCAGAGCGCUUUAAUAUCAAAAAACAGCAGUGCAAGACGAAAGGAUUGAGAGCAAACGAAGUGGUCCGUUGCGAUUCUGUCAACGACUCCUCAGGAAAUCCAAAGGGAGCGAUCCCCUGGUAGGAAAUAUCGAAGAGUCGUGGGCGAGAGUCCCCCGUGGCGCGCCCGGCUAACAUGAACCACACGUCUGCUGCGGACAGGCAGCACGACACUAAUGUGAACCAAGUGGAGGAGAUGGAGACACAAGACGUGGAGACCGUAGAUACCGCCACAGAUAAGGAUUGCGACGAGACGGAGACUCUUCUUAUGAAAUGGUCCACUGAUCAGGUGGUCAUGAGCGAGGUUAUGAAGAACCAGGAGACUACAUCUACAGCUAUGGUUCAAGACACCGAAAUGGAGGACGACGAAGCGCGGUCCGAAGCGACCUUCCGCUACACAGUGCAAAACUUCCGGAGCCUCAAGGACUCUGUCCUGUCCCCACCCUGCUACGUGCGCAACCUGCCCUGGAAGAUCAUGGUCAUGCCGAGACAAGCGCCCUCCCCCGACCGGCAGCAGCAGAAAUCGCUUGGUUUCUUCCUCCAAUGCAACGGGGAGAGCGAAUCUUCUAGCUGGUCUUGUUACGCCAUGGCGGAGUUGAGACUCAUCUCGCAUAAGCCGGACUGUGAGCCGUUUUUUAGGAAGAUACAGCAUUUGUUCUACAGUAAGGAGAAUGACUGGGGCUUCUCUCACUUCAUGGCGUGGAACGAUGUCUUGGACCCGGAGAAGGGCUACAUCAAGGACGACGCCAUCACUCUUGAAGUGCACGUUACUGCUGAGGCGCCCCACGGCGUGUCGUGGGACUCCAAGAAACAUACCGGCUAUGUUGGUCUCAAGAACCAGGGUGCGACCUGCUACAUGAAUUCCCUUCUGCAGACCCUCUACUUCACCAACCAACUACGGAAGGCAGUCUACAAAAUGCCUACGGAGUCGGACGAUAGUACAAGAUCCGUCGCCUUAGCCCUGCAGCGGGUAUUUUACGAGCUCCAGUUUUCGGACAAGCCCGUCGGGACUAAAAAGCUCACGAAGAGCUUCGGCUGGGAGACGCUCGACUCCUUCAUGCAGCACGACGUCCAAGAGUUCCUUAGGGUUCUACUCGACAAACUGGAAAGCAAGAUGAAGGGCACAUGCGUCGAGGGCACGGUACCUCGUCUGUUCGAGGGAAAGAUGACGUCAUACAUCAAGUGCAAGAACGUCAACGUGUCUAGCACACGCGUCGAGACCUUCUACGACAUUCAGCUCAACAUCAAGGGGAAGAAGAAUAUCGACGAGUCGUUCAAAGACUACAUCAGCACGGAGAUGCUGGACGGCGACAACAAGUAUGACGCGGGUGAGCACGGACUGCAGGAGGCGGAGAAGGGCGUGAUCUUCGCGUCCUUCCCGCCCGUGCUGCACCUGCACCUCAUGCGCUUCCAGUACGACCCCAUCACGGAUAGCUCCGUCAAGUUCAACGACAGGUUCGAAUUCUACGAGCACAUCAACCUGGACGCGUACCUGCAGGAGAAGCCCGAGACCCCGGCAGACUACACGCUGCACGCCGUGCUCGUGCACUCCGGCGACAACCACGGCGGCCACUACGUCGUCUUCAUCAACCCUAAGGGCGACGGCAAGUGGUGCAAGUUCGACGACGACGUGGUAUCCCGCUGCACGAAGCAGGAGGCCAUCGAGUACAACUACGGAGGCCACGACGAGGACAUGGCGCUCACCGUGCGUCACUGCACCAAUGCCUACAUGUUGGUCUAUAUUAGGGAUUCUCAAUUAAAAACAGUGUUGCAAGAAGUAACUCAACCAGACAUUCCGUCUGAACUCAGCGAAAGACUAGCCGAAGAGAAACGAAUUGAAACUAUCCGUCGCAAGGAGCGCAACGAGGCGCACCUCUACAUGACCGUGAACGUGGUCCUCGAGGACGACUUCGACGGUCACCAGGGCAACGACCUCUACGACCCGGAGCGCGCUCACUACCGCGCCUUCCGCGUCCGCAAGCAGGCUACAGUUGCAGAGCUGAUGGAGAUGCUGGCUGAGAACUUCCGCUACCCGCAGAAGCACCUCCGCCCGUGGCCGUUCAGUGCGCGCUCUAAUCAGACUUGCCGACCAACCUGCCUAGACAUACUCAACGAUCAACACAAGACCGUAGCAGACGUGUCCGAGAACACGAACCCCUGGAACAUCUUCCUCGAAAUGCUGCCCCCGGAUUCCGGCCUCAGCACUUUACCCACAUUUGACAAGGACAAUGAUGUGGUCCUCUUCUUCAAGUUCUACGAUCCCAAGCAGAAGAGGAUCCAUUACUGCGGACACCACUAUCUGCCGAUUGCGAGCAAGCUGCCCGAUCUCAUACCGAUACUCAAUAAGCGUGCUGGUUUCCCAGCGGAAACUCCCCUAGUACUGUACGAGGAAAUCAAACCAGACUUCGUGGAGAAGAUCAGCAAUUACAACGACCCUCUAGAAAAGGCGGCCGUCGCUCGGGUUGAGUCGUGUGCACGCGGCCAGGCUUUGGACGAACUGAUGGAUGGCGACAUCAUCGUGUUUGAGCGGGCCGACCACCGGCACGAGGAGCUCGAGCUGCCCACCUGCCAGGACUACUUCAAGUACAUCUUCUACAAGGUUGAAGUACAAUUUGUGGACAAGACGCUACCCAACGAUCCCGGAUUCACAAUGGAGUUAUCUAUGCAAAUGCGUUACGAGCAAAUGGCGAGAGCGGUCGGCCAACGGCUGAACGUCGACCCUUACUUAAUACAGUUCUUCAAGUGUCAGAAUUACAAGGAUACGCCCGGCUUGCCGCUGCGGUACUCCUACGACGGCAUACUGAAGGAUCUGCUAGUGUACUGUAAACCAAAGUGCCCUAAGAAAUUGUUCUACCAGAUUUUAUCUAUUAAAGUUAACGAAUUGGACAAUAAGAAACAGUUCAAAUGUUUAUGGGUUGGUCCUAAUUAUAAAGAAGAUAAAGAAUUAAUUUUAUAUCCAAACAAAGGUGGCAAAGUAGCAGACAUAUUAGAAGAAGCGGCUAAAGUUGUUGAAAUGUCUCCCGACGGGUCGGGCAGAUUACGGAUUGUGGAGGUGUCGUGUCACAAAGUGCUGCCGGGGCCCGACCCCGAGCUAACUCUGGACCAGGUUACCAUCGCGCCGCCCAGACUCUACAGAAUAGAGGAGAUACCUCAGGACGAGUUGAAUCUACAGGAGGACGAGGCGUUAGUGCCGUGCGCCCACUUCCACAAGCAGGUGUACGCGACUUUCGGCAUCCCGUUCUACACGCGCGUGAAGCACCUGGAGCCCUUCCAGGCCGUCAAAGACCGGCUGCAGGCCAAGCUCGACAUACCCAACAAGGAGUGGGAAAAGUACAAUUUCGCUAUAGUGACAAAUGGCAGACCUAACUACAUAAGUGAAGGAGCGACAAUAAACAUAUUCGACUUCAGGCCGAGUAGUAACGCAAAUCUGUCGCUUCCAGACGCGACGGGGCGGCCUUGGCUGGGGCUCGACCACAUCAACAAGACGCCCAAGCGCUCGCGCGUCAACUACCUGGAGAAGGCCAUCAAGAUCUACAACUGAGCGUGUCGGCCGCGGCCUCCGGCACCACCGGACCGCGCUAGGGCCCCGAUACUUAUGUAAAUACGAUUCACUUUCGUUACCGACUUUGUCUGUUAUCUAUUUAUGACGUUUGGAAGCAGAUCGAUAUCAUUUCCAUAUUUUUGCAAUGCGGUGGAGUCCAUGUUUUAUACAUUAGUAGAUUAGACCAUAUUGUAUGUACAUAUUUUGUAAUUUUAAAACGCAUAUUUAUAUGGGCCCUAGACGUAACCGUUUUUCGAGUGAACGUAACUUAGCGUCGGGCGAACGAGUGAUAUUUCUUUUAUCGAGGAAUUCUGACUUGAAAAUAAUUGAUAAUUAUGGGCACCUGAACUAAUACAUAGAUUUAUAAGAGAGCUGACACGAAUAGAAAGAAUGGGUGAAUGAAAAUCACAUUAACCAAUAAAAUGUUGGCUCUGUCUCUACACCGACACGGGAGUCUCUCAUAUAGUGAUGUGCCGUGGGAAUAUUCCCGGGAAUGGGAAUAUUCCCACUGGAAAUAUUCCCGGGCAUAUUCCCUCCUUCCCGGGAAUAUUCCUCUGACAAGGGAAUAUUGAAAAAUAAAUCCGCAAUGUAAAAUUUAGUUUUUAAGUUUAAAUUAAAUUAAAGAGUCAUAUGGAGGCUCUUCAUCAGGCAUUCAAGAAAAUUAUGAUUUCAACAAGAUCUUCUAAAAUUAUACCUAACAUUGUUUACAUGACUUCGAGCAGGUUCGAGUUUCGGUUAUGUAUGAGAAAAUAAAAAAAAGUUUGAAUGUCAUUAUUAUUAAAUUUAAAAUCGAUGUCACAUGGCAUCUAGAACAGAUGUCGCUAAGUCGCUAUCUCUCAUAGUUUCUGACUUUUCCAUACUGACAGUUUUGGUUUGAUCACCCUGUAUUAUUUAAACUAAUUGCAAUUUUUUUAAUACUUCAUAUGUGGUUAUACUGAUUAUUUCUAUACCCUACUAUUUUUGUCCCUACGCCAAAUCUUGGGAUUAGUUGCCAAAGCUGACCCCAGGCUUCUGAGCCGUGGUAAAUGCCGGGAUAACGCAAGGAGGAUGAUGAUCUGAUUUUUUCUAUACGAGCUGUUGCCCGCCUACGUAUACGUACGCAUGGAUUCUUAUAUUUUUUAUGUUAAAUGUACAACCUACCUUUUAGCGAAGUUUUACGAGUAAAAUUCUAAAUUCUUUACAAUCCUUACCCCUACACGUUUUACCCCAUAUGAAUUUGUAUUCACUUUAAAAUCUUAAAGGAGUUAGGUGGUAUUCCGUUAGGGAUUACCUUUUCAAAAACCCUUUAAAGUUUUCUGAUAUUUUCCUAUACUGAGACAGAAUUUGACGACCGGUCUGGCUCAGUCGGUCGUGACUCUGCCUGCUGAGCCGCGGUCCUGGGUUCGAAUCCCGGUAAGGGGAUUUAUUUGUGUGAUGAUGAGCACAGAUAUUUAUAUUUGUAAAAAACCCUCUAUAAACUUUCACCCCCUGUUUAAGGCCUUUAGGGUUUGAAUAACACUAAAUAUGCGACUUCAUUGUAUUUGCCUUAAUUACCUUUUUUUCCUGCUCGAAAAUAAAAACUUCAUCCCCAUUUUAACCGCUUCAGGGGAUGAAUUUUCAAAAACUCUAAAAUAACUUUUCUUGUUUCAUACUAAACUAACAUUUCAAGAAGUUUCAAGUUGUUAGCUUAAAAUCAAACUAGAUUCUCCAUACAAAUUUUCAUCCCCUUCUUAAUCCUCUUAUGGGACGGCAAUCCGAAAACGAUGAAAUAUACCACUAUUUCCACUAAUUUUAAUAUAUUUUAAAAUAUGUACCUAUAGUGUUACCUUUCCACGAAGUUUCAAAUUCUUAACCCAAAAUAUAAUUUCUGACCCAUACAAACUAUCAUUCCCUUUUAGCCCCCUGAGGGGUGAAAUUUUCAAAAUCUUUUCCUCACUUUAUAAAUGCAAUUUAUUGUUUAAAAAUUUAAAUUUCUAGCUAAGUAUUGUACUUUUGAAUCUGCGUUGAUGAGUUAUUAAAUCGGUCAGUUAAAGACACUUGUAUAAGUAUAGUGUUUUAUAUUACCUAAAUUAUUAUAUAUAUUAACAAUUAUAAAGAUUUUUAGCAGUUUUGUUCAUUGCGUAUGUACAUUUGUAUCAUUUGUUUUAUUUUGAUCAGGGGAAUAUUUCCAGCAACUUUGGAAAUAUUCCCGGGAAGAAUGGGAAUAUGCCCGGGAGUAUAGGGAAUUUACUUUUCAGUAUAAGUUACAUGGUCUAAUAUCUUGUUAAACGGUGUAAAAAGCUAUUUUUGACAUAAUCCUAGAAAAUAAAAUAUAUUAUGAAUACUAUAUGUCAAUAUUCCCCUAUAUUUCCGUUGAGGGGGAAUAUUCCCGGGCACGUUUCGGAACGGCACAUCACUACUCUCAUACAAUGAAAGUGUCGUUCAUUCCUGUCGGGUCAGCUUUUGUGAACCAACCUGUAUGUGCGUCAUCAAACAAUAGUUUUAGAUUGUGAGUCUAUCAAAGAGUUACGCUGACACACCAUUCGUUUAGAAAAUAUAUCUAACCGAUUUAGCGGCAUUUGAUUAUAAUGUUCUUCAGUCUUAAUCUGUUGUUAGAGUCACAAUUAUUAAUUAGUUCAGUUAGGUGUCAGUUAUGCCUGCUUUUCAAUUAAUAAAAUAAGAUAAAUGUAAGUAAAUAUCCGAGUGCUUGACACUAUCUCAUUCAUUGCCAUCAUACUCACGGUAAAAAAGGAUGGCAAAUUAUUUAAAUUUGGUUGUCAAAUACUACGACGUUUACUUUUACCGACGGUAUGGCCUACAUUAUGUCGUGUACGCGAGCAGCUGGGUACGUUCCACAGCGACGUAAGUUCGUUCACUCGACCGUCAGCAAACACCAGUUCGACCUGUACCGCGCUAUUUAUUACGUAUUUAUAUAUAUUUGGACCAUAGGUGACAUUCAUUGUAGUUUAAUAAUUGGAAUCAGUAGUCCUGCUAGCAGAUGUACGUAACAUUGUUUUUUUAAUUAUUGAACGAUUAGUCGAAUAACUUUUUUGAAACAUUUUGUAUGCCAAUCAUAUAAAAAAUAUCCCUCGUUAUGUUAUGUUGUAGAAAUAGUCUAAACUAAAAUGACGGGCUCUUGGCCCAAAUGUAAAUUUAUUUUAAAGAAAUUAAACCUUAUCUAACUAUCAGAUGGCUUCAAUUCGAAAACACUAUUUAUCACGGUGCAUCAUGAAUGAAUGUCUGUCCUAAGAUGAGAGGGCCUACCGCAAUCCACUACCUGAAAUAUUUCGUCUAUUUGUCUUUCUAUCAUUCUAAUAUAGAAAUGUGAAAGAGAAGCAAAUAACGAAAUUUCGAUAUUAGAUGGUCGUGGUAAGCGUUUUCAUAUUCAUGGGAUAGGAAUCGUGCAUCCAGUUAAAUUCAUCAACAUGUAUGUAUAUGAUUCAUCUCCUUAUUAGUAUUUAAAUAAGUCUAAUAAGAGUAUUAAUGUACUGUUAAUUCGUCAAGACUAUCUUCUCUAAGUCUGCAGUAGACAAGGCAACUUUGUAUACUUUUAAAGUUUGAUUCAAAAGGAGAAAUGAGUUUCAGACGUUAUGUGGAUACUCAUUGUUGUACUCACUAGACGAGUAAGCACGCGUUGUGAAGCAUUUUAUUGUGCAGCUAAAUAAACCUUAUAACGGUCGGGCAACGAGUCAUUUUAGCGUAGACAGUAUCGAACUCGGUAAGUGAAUGUCGGUUAUGUUCAAAGUAUUUCAGUUUGGUAUUGCCUUUUAGCAUUUCCAGUGUCGAAAAUCGUGUUUGGCCUCCCCCAAUACUUAGAAUGUCGAAUAAACUACUUUAUUUAUACUUAAGCACGGACUGGUCGGUCGGCCGGUCGUCGCCGGGCGACCGGCGGCUACUGCUGACCGGCCGGUAGCAUUUUUGGUGAUUCGACUCGAGCUCAGCAUUUCUACAGAGUAUACAGCAUUAUUUAGAUACGAGUUUGUACUAUGGAGAUAUAUUAUAACGAUGUUUAAGGGUAUUAUUAUAUGUAUAUAGUCAAAUGUGCCUGUGUGUGGUCGCUUUUCGGUAUACCUGGCCUAUAGUCGUCUGCGACAAGCCGGCGACACGCAUUUUAUUUACGAAUUCUCGGUGGUAAGAUGUAGAUGUUCCUUAUCUCUGGGUGACCGUCCAUCAAAGCAUAUGGGGUAUAUAUUAGUACUGAAUGAGGAAGGUUCCUGUCAAUUUUAGCGUCUAUGGCAUAGGGCAAGUGUCCUGUCCUGUAACAAGCUGUCAUCCGGCAACCUGCUCACUUCUUUCUCAUUCAAUUGUAUUAUUAUUCAAUAUAAAAUAUUUUAUAUGACAAAAAUAAAAUCAUAAAAUGUAUGCAAUAAUCAAUUAAAAAAAAUGAUUCUUGAUAUCAAUGAAGUAAUAUAAAGUAGUACGGAAUGUAUAAUUUUAGUAGGUAAUUUGAGUAUUGUCCAUCAAGGCAGAUGUGGGGUCUAGACAAAGUGACAACCUCUGUACACUGUACAAAAGUAUUAAAGUGGCAUUAAUGGUAGCUGUGGUAGUUAUUUUAUACCAUUAUUAGAUCCAAUUGUACUAGUGCCAAACUGCAUUAUGUAAUAAAAAUCCUGUUAAGAAUGUAUAGAAUAUGAAUUUGGGAUUGGCUUUGGUAGACGGUCACCCAUUUAUAGUCGUGCUUGAUCCGCAUACUUUUAUAACAUAGACAUAAAUAAUAUUGUUAUCAACUUAUCAUUAUACUAUCUGUAAUACUUCAUUAUUAUGUUACGUAAUUUUAUUGUGUUGAAUUUUGACCAUUGAAUCUUGUUCAUAGACAAUCCUAAUUAAAUUUCAUUAUAGUUAUUUUUUGUAUUAGCAUCAUGGAAUCAAAUUUAAUCCCCAUUGUGAUAAAAUAGCAACUAUUAGUGAGGCUUGUACAUAAUAGCUGCUGCACAUACCUGCGGACCUGUGUAGGUUUCAGCUUUUUUCUAACUUAAAUAAACUAACGAUACGUGAAUUCUUAUGUAACCUGUUUUAUAGAAAAUAUUGAAGUGUGGAUAGAAUAAAAUGUUUUGAUUGUCGAAUCACCAAAAGGCGGCGCCGGGCCGGCGCGGCCGCAGCACGAAGUAACUAGCACCACAUUGUUAAGGCUGAAAGCCGCUCAGAACAUCCGAACGUGUAUAAUGUUACUAUUUAAUUUUUAACUAAUUUUUUGCCGGAAAUAAUAAUGGCAAAUGGGAUUAUAGUUUCAUAGUUGAUUCACUGUUUAGACCCGUCUGUAGGAUUUGGACCUCGAGCAGAGUUCCGUGACAACUUACCUGCAAACUAUUGGAGGGAGUUCCAAUGUUUGUUAUGUUGGAUGUGAAUGUUUCACUGAAUAUAAUCCUAUAUUUGUUUACA